CGCCAAGACGCGCUUCUGGUGGCGCUCCCAGUGCCAGUGGUUCAUCCUUGCCAUCAUCGCCUUCGCCUUCGCCAGCCAUCAGAUCUGCUUCACCCGCUCUUCGACGUUCCUUGCGUACACGUCCUCAGCCCCCGGUACCCGAAACUCGAAGAGUUACCAGAUCUUUUGCCAGAGGAUCUCGCAAAACCCUGCCUAACAACGCUUCCAACCCUGAGUCCGGCAACAAGUCCUCUGCGUCCCGUCCUCCGCGAGACCCACCUGCUGACUCGGAGGCCGAUAACGCGGCUGUACCCCAUGACUACGCGCAGCACUUGUCCUCCAACUCUGAAAUAGCGGAACAUGAUCACAGCGAGAAAACCAUGGGUGUCAUAAGAAAGAACGCAGCCUCUCGGGGCGGUGAUGGCGGCACCAAAUACCAUUGCGACGUCUGCUCGAUCGACAUAACCUCCACUGUCCGCAUCUCUUGCGCCAAUCCCGCAUGCCGUGACUACGACUUGUGUGUACCAUGCUUUGCGCGCGGCGAGCACUCGAAGAAUCAUGAUCCUCGCACUCACGAAUACCACGUGGUCGAACAGAACUCAAUCCCCAUCUACACCGAAGACUGGGGUGCCGAUGAAGAAUUGCUUUUGCUCGAAGGCUCGGAGAGAUAUGGUCUCGGAUCCUGGGCUGACGUUGCGGAGCACAUCGGCGGGUAUCGCGAGAAGGAUGAAGUGCGCGACCACUACAUCAACACAUACAUCAAUAGUUCCUUGUUUCCCUUACCUGAACUAGCCGAUCCGAAGGACACGAGACUUUUCGAAAGAAUCCCCAAGGAUGAAUUCCAGGCUCGGAAGAAGCGACGUAUUGAAGAACGAAAGGAAGCAGCCAAAUCUGCUCCACCUGCCACCCCCAAGCAAAAGCCAACUGCCAGCGUGCCCGCAUGUCACGAAGUGCAGGGUUUCAUGCCUGGGCGAUUGGAGUUUGAAACCGAAUUCGCAAACGAUGCCGAAGAAGCGGUUCAGCACAUGUCAUUCGAGCCGGGUGAUGGCAUUGAUCCAGUGACGGGUGAAAUGGACGAAGAGACCGCACUCAAGAUGACCGUCUUCGACAUCUACAACUCCAGACUCAAGGCACGUACCGAGCGCAAGCGGAUCAUCUUCGAGCACAACCUCCUUGACUACAAGAAGAAUCAAUUGAUCGACAAGAAGAGAACCAAGGAGGAAAAGGAUCUCUUGCACAAAGCUAAGCCCUUUGCACGCAUGAUGAACCAUGAGGAUUUCGAGGCCUUUAACAGAGACCUCCUGCACGAGCAUAAUCUGCGAAUUGCCAUAUCUCAAUUACAGGAGUGGAAGCAGAUGGGUAUCACCGAUCUGAAAGGUGGCGAGAAGUAUGAAGCCGACAAACAAGCCCGUGCACAACGCAACCAGCCUCAAGGCCAAUUUGACCGCAUGCCACAGAUUCCUAAGAAGGGCAGUCAGGUUCAACAAGCCGAAUUACCCACUGAAGCCUCGAAACUGACAGCGCCUGAAUUGCCUCUACGCUUCCAACGCAAGCCAAAGACCGUUCCGCAGUUUGCCGACAGCCAGCCGGUCGUUCAGAACGAUUUCGACAAGCUCUUUGCCGAAGCAAAUGGUCCCGACAGCACUUCUGGCCCCAAGCCCAAACAGCGUUAUGUUGUGCAGCCAUUGAACGGAGUCACGCCCUGGAAAUUGGAGGAAGACAAAUCACUGGCCCCGGAUCUGCAGCUUCUCAGCGAAGAAGAAAUCCAACUCUGCAAUGCUCUUCACAUCCGUCCUAAACCAUACCUUGCACUCAAGGAAGGCCUAUUGAAAGAGGCGAUGAAGCAAGGUGGUCACAUGAAGAAGAAAGAAGCCCGUGGAGUCUGUCGGAUCGAUGUCAAUAAGGCUAACCGCAUUUUUGACUUUAUGAUCCACAGCGGAUGGAUUGCAAAGGCUUGAGGCCACAGUAGGGUCUCUUUUGUCCACAGUCUAGCGUUCUGGACGGGUUUGCUUUGCUGGCGGUCGGUGUUGGAGGUAACGUUUUCAAGCAUGGAGAUCAGCAUUGGCGCAAAGGACAGGCCUGCUUCCGCUUAACUAUUGUUUGCAUGUGCGCCAGGAGCACAGAUUGAUUGAGGACUCUUUUGGGUCGUGAUGCUUGUCAGCUUGUGGCUUGGUGGGAAGUGCCUUCUUGACAAGAGAGGACUGGAAGGCCGAAUGAAGUGCGAGGUCGGGUCAUUCAUCGGUCGGCUGGGACUGAAGGUGCUACUACCGCCACUGCAAGAUAACUGUCUACUGUAUGAUUACUUCUCAAGAACAGAGAGAAUGAAUUGUUAAACGUAUCAAUUCGGACGCAGACGUGCCCAGGUGUCCCUCGA